UCCUCUCUUCUCUUUCCUCUCCUCAUUCCUUCUCUCCCCUCUUCUCACUGUGCUAAUGGUGUGGGCCUGUAGCUGAUCCAAAAAAGGGAGGAGGAGACUAUUUCCUUUCAGCGUGUUUUCGUUUUCUCUUCCUUUUUUCUGGAGUCAUUUCCCCCCGUUCUUCAUCUCUGACCAGACUAAUGGAGCUGUGAUUAGAUUUCUCUCUCUUCUUUUUCUCUCCUGCCUCCGUGUGCUAUUGGAAAACAGACUCGCAGCUAGGCAGCACCUAGAGGAGAGCUCAUACAGCCAUGCAGGUACACACAUCAGAGGUGGCACGCCUCUACCAGACAGAGUUUGUCCGCAGCGCUCGGGCCGUGGGCGUGCUGUGGGCCGUCUGCACGCUCUGCUUCGCCGUCAUCGAGGUCGUCAUCCUCAUCCAGCCCUCUUGGGUGGGCACGCGCCAGCUCCACUACCGGCCCGGCUCCCCGCCGCCCCAGGCAGGCACCCUGGGACUGUUCGAGGUGUGCCUGGAGAAUGACUGGCCCGUGCCUGAGUGCCGGGGCUCUCUGCGCACCUUGACCCCACUGCCGGCCUUCCAGUCCCCGGCCGUGCUUGUGUGCAUAUCGCUGACCAUGGUGUGGGCGUCCGUUGGCUGCCUCUGCCUCUUCCGCUUUUGUAAUGCUGCCACCGUGUACAAGAUCUGUGCUUGGUUGCAGCUCACUGCAGGCUUCUGCCUGGCUCUGGCCUGUGUGUUGUUCCCGGACUCUUGGGAAUGUGCCGAGAUGAGGGCCCUCUGUGGGGAGAGCGUGAGCAGCUUCUCCCCCGGAAACUGCACCGUUCACUGGGCAUAUGUGCUGGCCAUGCUGGGCAUCCUGGACGCUGCCAUACUGGCCACGCUGGCCUUCGUGCUGGGGAACCGACAGGAUGCUCUCUUGCCUGACGAUGUGAAGGAUGUGACAGGAUUACUUCUGUCACCAUAGCCAAGGACAAUCAGUGUGUCAAAAAGGGAAGGAAGGAAGAAGGCAAAAAAAAGAAGCAAAACAGUGAAGGAGGUGUAUUCUCUCCUCCCCCUUAGCCAUUACAUCAUCGCCCACGUGCCCCACUUACAUAAUCUCUCUGCAUAGAAACGGUCACCUGGCAACUGUAUCCGUGGUUUUUGCUCCAGUGAUGGCAGACAUGCGCCCUGGCUGAUUCUGCUCUGCAGUGGCCGUGGAGGGGAAUGGAGGAGAGUGAAGGAGACAGAAGGCUGCCACUGACACUCUACUCUUAUUUACUUUGCUUUUAGAAAUGAAGGAAAUGGCUUUCAGUUUUAAGGUAGCUCCAACUUAACACAAACAAACCAUUAGCAUCUUCCAAAAUAUGCUCUAAGAUGCAAAUGUUUAGUAUGUUUAUGAAACUAAGUUAGUAUGCUAUACAUGUUUAAUCCUCAUCAAUGCAAUAAAUAGUGCUGUUGAGUGGAGGUAAGAACUGGGUUAGACCUACUGCCUGUUAUGUCUUUGUCAUGUUUAAUCUUGUGCUGACAAAUAAUACUAAUCAGCUGUGUUGUUUUUAACAGUAUUGUAUGUUUGAAUGAUUUUACAGUAUGUUACUGUGCAUGUUCAUCUGUUUGCCAUCUGAAUGUCAUGAGCAGUAAAUGCAGAGUGGGACAGAAUUUUCUAGAAUUUUAGACACUUUUGUAAAGACUUACAUGAAGGACAUGUAGAGGGAAUAGGAAGGAAUUACUGAGAAUUGUGCUUAGGGAAAAUGUUAUACAAAUGGUCAGAAGAUACUUAAAAAUACUACAUUCCCUUUUACAUUUUAGAGGUCAUCUCCACAUUUUUAAAGAAAAUCUGUUUAUUAAAGAACAAAGCACAUUUUUUUAGCUUUUUUAUUUUCAUGAUUGCGAAAAAGGAUAUUGUGAAUUAUACAAACUAUAUUUUUGCAGAAAACUUAGAAGCUACACAGAAUUUAUUAUAACCUUCAUCAAUCCUGCUGCAGGACAAGUGUGCAGAGUUGUAUUUUUGUAUGAGGUUUUAGACUACACACAUAUAAAAAUAAUAAGUCACAUUAAGGGGAGACAGCAAAAAUUGAUCUGAAGAAAUUGAUCAGGAAACAAUAUAUUUUUAGAGGUUGCACAUCCAGUGAAGGAGAAGCAUUAACUUGCUUUUUUUUAAUUUAUUUUUUAUUUUUUUUAAACCGAGGCCAUUUAGGCAAGCUGGCAUUAAGGUAUCAAGUCAGGGUAGAGUAGGCGUGUUUUGCACGCAUCAAGCUGGAUAUAUGUAAGCCCAUAACCUUUAGCCAAAGAGAUGAGAUCAGGAAAAAAUGCAAGAGGGAUUAACUGCCUACGUUAUUUAUGUUUUAGACUGCCGUUCUGUUGUCAAAGAUGCAUUUGCUGUAAUCAUUUUGAGUCUUUGCACCGAAGUCCUUCAUAACCUUUGUGCUUACCUUUAUUGUGAAUUGGUUGAUCUUGUGCCUGCCAACUAAGAUGUCUAUGCCUACAUCUUUUCGUACAAAACUGUUAGACUAUGUGGGAGUCAAAGGUUUAAAACUUGCAGAUGUUUUCAUUAUGUUAACUUAAAUGCUGUUUGUGUAAUGUGUGAGGAAAAAUGGUCCUCUUUAAAAUCCAAGUGCCAAUAGUAUUAUGUCUGCACUGUAAAAAUAAAUAUGUUUCUGUGA